AUGCAUGCGCCAAACCCGGCCCCAAGCUCGCAGCCGCAAAUGCACGAGCCACCAGCAGAGGCGAUAGCUCCAGCGCAGCUGUCAGCUGCGCCAGAGCUGAGCGCUACCGCCCAACUUGCAGCAUCCUUCCUGCAGACGCGGCUGCUCAGCGGGCCGAGCCUGCGCACCAAAAACGUGGCCAGCCCGGGGGAGGCCCCUGCCGGCGGCUCCGCUUCCAUCACAUCCACCCAGACCUACGCCAGCUCCACCACAGCCAACGGCGUCGCCACCGCGCCCGCGCCGGCGCCGGCGGCCGCGCAGGGGACGCGAGUCGUGAGCGGGUCGCAACUGCGCAUCCGCACGCUCGCCAACGUCGCGCCGGCCGGCGCACCGGUGGCCGCCGCGUCGGUGGCGGCUGCGCCGCCCGCUGCCGCGCCGACCGCGGUGCCGGGAGCUGCGCCACGCGUGCUCGGCCCGCCGGCUUCCCGCACCUUUACGCUCGCGGCAUUAACGCCCGGGGGCGCACCGGCUCCGGCCGGCGCCCCCGCCGCGGCCGUGGCUGCGCCAGGCCCGGGCAACCGGCUGCUCGGCCCGCCGUCCAGCCGCUCGGUGCCAAUCGCUAGCGCACCCGGGCCAGGGCUGGCCGCGCCGGCCGUGGCGGCCGUACCGGCGUUGGCCCCGGCGGCUGCAGCGCCGGAGAACCCCAACCGCGUUUUCGGCCCGCCAUCAACACGCACCUUUGCCACGUCGACGCCGGCUGGUGCUCCUGUAGCGGCUGCGUCGCUCGCGCCGGCGGCGGCGCCCGCGGCUGCUUUUCCGGCUACCGCUCCGGCAGUGGUGCCUGCGGCCGCGCCCCCGGUUGUCGCUCCCGUGGCGGGGGUGUCGUCUCCGGCGCAGGUGCCGGCGGCCGCGCCGCCGACAGCCCUGGCGGCUCAGGCGCCAUCGACCCGGGUGUUCUCGUCGGCUUCGCGGCGGGACGGCCUCAUUGUGCCUGGCGGAGUGCAGGCCCCUGCAACCCCGCCGGCCGCCAGCCCGCCGGCAGCAGCCCCGGCGCCAAAUGAGGUGGUGCAGUCCCAGUCGGUGCCAGCCCCGGCACCGGCAGUGGAAGCGCCUGCCAUUGCACCCGCUUCAGCCGUCCCGUUGGUUCCAGCCCCUGCCGCACUCGUCACAGCACCAGCACAGGCUCCAGCCGAGGCGGUGUUUGUGGGGAGAUCCCCAGCUACAGUGGCGUCUCCUCCGGCCGCGGCGCCCCCCGUUGCGGGCGGUUCCCCAGCGGCAGUGCCACCAGAAGGGGAGUCCCCGCCUGCGGCGGUGUCCCCCGCGGGGGGCACCCCCAGCAUCGGCGCGGAGUCAUAUUCUUCAUAUUCUUCAGCAGCGUCGCCCCCCCCUCCGCCACCGCCGCCGCCCCCUCCACCACCGCCGCCACCGCCGCCGCCGCCACCGCCGCCGCCACCGAUUUAUUACCCCGGCCAGUCUUACGGCAGCUACACUCCCACCACUCCAAUCCAAGGCGAAUCAACUCCCUCGGGCCCCAGCCAGCCGAGCGGGCCGGCAGCGCCGCCCGAGGGCAGCGCGCCGAUCUCAGGCGAGGGCCCCCUGCCCCAAGGGGGAGGUGCGCCCCCCAGCGGUGGCAGCGGCGGCGGUGAGGGAUCCCCACAGGGUCCCCCCAGCGGUGGCAGCAGCGCACCACCGCAGGGACCCCCCAGCGGCACCACCGAUUACCGCGGCAGCGACCCUGUGGGGUCUGACACCAAGGGGUCUGACACACGGGGCAGUGACCCCGUUGGCAGCGACACAAAGGGCAGCGAUACGAUUGGAAAUGGCAAGGGAUGA